GAAACUCCUGUAUUCAAAGUAUUCAAUUUGAAAGAAGGAAAUCAACUUUUACUGGUCAAUGUUCAAGUACAAACAUCAGAUUAUAACGUAGAAUUUUGCUUUGUCUUAACGAAUUUAUGACUUAAUACAAUUAGCGCGCAAGUAGAAAUAUUUCGGCCGUUUAUGUUUUUUUAAGAAAUGGUCGGUAAUGGUGAAUACGAGGAUCAAAACUCCUCAAAUGCAUCAUCAUUUUGGGAGUGUCGAGAAUAUCAUCGGACAGUUAAACGCGUGGAUGCUGCAUACAAACUUUGUAAUGAAUUAUGUUUAAUGAUACAAGAACGGGCAGAAUUAGAAAAAGCAUAUUCAUCUAAUCUUAAGAAAUGGUCCUCGCGGUGGCUUAGUUUCCUUGAUUCUGGUCUAGAGUAUGGUUCUGGAUCCUCUCCUUGGAAAGGAUUAUGUAAGGAAGCUGAAGCUGUAUCAAAUGCACAUCAAAAUGUACGCAACAUCCUAAUAGACGACAUUCAAACUGGAGUUAAGCAAUGGCAAAAAGAUCACUUUCACAAAAGUUCGUUACCUCCGCAGACAUUGAAAGAAACAAAACAAUUUGAACAAGAUUUUGAAUUAGCCCAGAAACAAUGGUCCAAACGUUUGAAAAAAGUUCACACUACUAAAAAGGAGUAUUAUCAAGCUUGCAAGACAGAACGUUCACUUCAAGUUCAGGUUCGGAAUGCUAAGAGUGACCCAAGUGGUACUGCUGAGCAGGAAGAUGAUAAAAAACUUAAGAAAACACAAGAAAAAUUAGCUAAAGCGGAAAAAGAUGUUUAUCGAACUCGUGAUGCAUACAAAAUGGCAUUGGCUGAUUUAAAUACAGAAAGUUCACGAUAUGUUGAAGAAAUGACCAAAGUAUUUAAUCGAACACAGGAUUUUGAACGUGAACGUCUUAGUUUUUUUAAAGAUAUAUUUAACAGUCUACAUGGUGCUCUUAAUGUUUGUGCGAAAGUUGAUUACGAUUCUAUCUACAGUCAGUUAGCAGAGAGUAUUUCACAAUGUGAUGUUGAAGCAGACUUAAAUUUGUGGUCGUCAAAUCAUGGAGUUGAUAUGCCUUUUAUUUCCCCACAAUUUGAAGAGUAUUCACCAGACCUUGCAUAUAUUACUGGUAAAAAACGUGCUACACUAACUGAUCCCGAUUCUCCUGUCACUUUAACUAAUAUAACAAUGAUAAGUCAUCCAUUUGAUCAUGAGGCUAAUGAAAUAACAUCUAAUAAUUCUAGAAGUAACAAUAAUAAUCAUAAUAAAAAAUCAGAGAAUAGCAUCGUUUCAUCAGCUAAUGGUCGAAACUCUGAUACAAAUAAUCCUUUUGAUGAUAAAGUUUCUACAAAUCGAAAACCAACUAAUGGAGUUAAUGCUGGUGUAUAUGCUAUGAGUUCAAGUUCCACUGCUGCUUUUGCCGGUGGUGGUGAUGGUGACGGGAUCAUCGAUUCUAUGUAUACCGAAGAAAUCAAUGAUGCAACUUAUGAUGAUGGUCGGGAAGGUGUAAAAGUACGUGCACUAUAUGAUUAUGUUGGACAAGAUGGCGAUGAAAUCAGCUUCGUUGCUGGUGACACGUUUGAAAAACUUGAAGAACCUGAUGAUCAAGGUUGGUGUAAAGGACGAAAAGAUGGUCGUGUUGGUCUAUAUCCUGCAAACUACGUAGAACCUUGUUCAAAAUAAUGCUACACAUAAAAUAUUUGAUCCAUCAUUUCUUUUCAUCACAUUUUGUAUCUGUGGCUUGUUGUUUUUUUUGAAACACAUUUUUACAAUUGCUUGUAUUCGUAUCGUAGAAUAUUGAAGGAAUGUGCGAAUAGUUAAAACACGGAAUUUACAUCUUUUUUAUAUCUUCGUUGAUAUAUAUAUAUAUUUAAAGGAGCGGUUUCUCCCACAUGUCCUACAUACUUUUUGUAGAUGAGAAAACGUGACCCUAUCAUAUUUUAAAAACCAUUUAUUCUAGUUAUAGCGAACCACGAAAAGAGGACCUAACAAAUUUCAUUUAUUGAUGAUUAUUUUCGGUUUAUUUUCUGUGCCGCAUGGAUUUUUCUCAGAAUGAAAAUUGCUAUUUAUUGUUACAUUUCUUCCUUUAGAAAACAAUGAUUAUCGUUUUCAAUGUCAUCACCAUUGUGUAAUAUCUGUCACUUACAAAUGUUGCUCUAUCGCUGUUGAAUAAGGGAUUUUCAAGUGUAUUCAUCAUAUAAAUCAACUCUUACUAUUUCAUUUAUCUUAUUUUUGUGAGUUGAAACACCGUAUAAACUUUGAUGAACAAUAUACAUAUGUAAUAGGAAUAAAUUUCAAAUAUUUAUCAAUUAAUUUAUGCUUGAAUUUAAUAAUUUUGCUUUAAACGUGGGCGCUGUCUGUUCUACUCAUUUCCCAUCUUUCUAAAAUAAUUUUUGUCCAUUUUAGUAUAAAUACAUAAUAUAUUCAUAUUUAUGUAUAUAUAUAUUUCUUAAAGUCGUUAUAUUAAGGCAAAUUUAUAGAGUUUCUCAUUGUUGCUAUAUAUGAAUGGUAUAUUUUUGUUUGUAACCUCAUCGUUAGUUUUUUCUAUUUAUUAGCAUUACAUUAUCCCCUUUUUUAUUUUUCCCUCAUAAAUUGUCUAUCAUAUUAUUUUUUCUUACAUUCUUUCAUUGUUUCUCCAUUAUAUUUUGUUAUCUGACAACUGAGUUGUCUGUUCUUCUAUAUCUGUGCAUGAAUCAUAACAGAUUUUCAUCGUAUUACGUUACUUGUUUCAAUCCAGUUGAAAUUUUCUUCCAUCUUAUAUAUAUAUAUAUAUAUAUAUAUAUAAUGACUAGAUAGAUGAGAGACCGUAUUCGGUAAAUAAUUUCUUAAAUUAUACUGAACUGAUAGGUCAAAGUGAUUGAAAAAUUUCAUACUUAUCACCAAUUUUUUAAAUUAUUGUUG